GCAGAUACGAGGUGAGAGGGGCUCGGGGAGGAGGUGUGGGACGCUGGACAGGGUCACGGCGAGGAUCGCGGCGGUAGGCAAGUUUGGACGCAGGUGGCUCAGGCAGGGACGAAGAGACGAAGCAGGCAGGGCAUUGGUGAGGGACACAGGGAGGCAGGAUAGACACGAGGGAGAGCAAGAGCCAGCGAGGGCAGGAGAGCUAAAAGGCAGGCUGGGGCCACGGCAAAAAGCUAAGAUUCAAAAGCAGGUUUCGAAAAGCAAGUCUCAAAAAGCUCCUCGAAUCACCAAGCCACAAACGCAAAAACACAGUCUCAAAAAAGGCGCAAGGCAAAAGCCCACCCUGAAAAAGCAAGUUCAGAAAGCCCCUGGGGCUUGUGACGCAGUUACCUUUUAUUCCCCGGGCUCCUCCCAAAGCCAGCCUGCUGACAGGACACCAUUGGCCCUGUGCAAUGUCCCACUGCAGUCCAUUGGUACCUUUUGCCAUCCAAUUGGAGAGCCUCUCUGGGGUGCAGUGUCUUCGGUGUUUCCCUGCUGACUGCCUGUCCCAUGUGAGAUGGGAAGUGGUUGCCGGUCUAAGUCUCCCCAGACACAAGGCUUUCCUCCAUCUUCUCCUAGCUGCUUCCUGGACAUGGCACGUGUGCACCCCCUCCUCCACAUGCCUCUGAAAACCAUUGCUGAGGCAAAUAAAAACUGAACUGGCUCCUCACACCCCUGCUCAGCCCCGUGGCUCAAGCACCAUGGCAGCUGCGUCACUGCCCUCAGCUGUGCUGUACCGGGGCAGCCCAAGGGGGGGCGACACUUGAGGGGGUGGAGGGGGUUGGGGUACCUCUAAUGCUCCCCCCCCCCACCCCAAGGUAGAAUGUGGAUGAAGAUCAAGGGGAGCAAGGGAAUUUUGGGGUCCGUAGCCAGAUGUCGCCACAAUCCAAAGUUGGGUGGCUGAAGAACAAGGGGGCCAUCAGGGGGGACCCCGACAGCCAGGGGUCCCUGGCCCACCACAGCUGCAAACCCGGGACUCGAUGGUCUGUAAAAAGUCCCUUCCAGUUCGGCCUCCUCCAUGCCUCCGGGACAAUCGGCUGCCAGGGCCAGGGGUUACCUGGCAACAAGAGACACCACAAACACAGGCACGUGCGGCUGGGGCUCAGGAAGGCAGAGGAAGAGGAGGAAGGAGGCUGCUGGCUGCCCACAUUUCCAUCUGCAGCUUUCCUCCCAGCACGAAGGCUCCCAUCCCCCAGGACAGGUGCUGUGUUUUCGGGCAGGGCAGCAGCCAUGGCUUCAGUCAGCCUGUUAGAGCUGCUGGAUGAGGCCAUCGGGACGCCCGAGGUCAAUGUCAACUUGGAGGCGCUCCGCAAACUGCUGAGGGUCAUAUUGGAGCACCUGAGCCUGCUGGGCCUGCAGGAUGUGAUCCCCCAGGGGGCUGUGCCCGGCCCACAGGAGGAGGGGGGCGGGUCCAGCACCGAGGCUGGGGCUUGGGGCAGAGGACAGCCACCCAGGGGGCAGCUGCCUGGGAAGGACAAGCUGCAGGGGACCAGGAGUGGCCCUCCUGUCACCUCCGUGGCUGCCGACAUGGGACAGAUGGAGAAGACUGAAGCCAAAGAGAGUGGCAUCUCCAAGGCCACAGCUCUCUCCCAGGAGCCCCACAAGGAGAUGGCUGGGACUGAGGCCGUGCAGUCCAACAUGGGAGAGGAAAUCCAGAGGAUCAAGGAGGCACUUGGCCAGACCACAGAUCUCUGCAAGGAUCUCCGUAAGGAAGUCAAUGAGAUGAAGGCCGCGCAGUCCCGCAUGGGAGAAGGCAUCCGGAUGAUCCAGGAAGCCCUUGGCCAGGAUGCUGCUGCCCAGCCACUGGUCCCCCACCACCAGUCUGCCCUUGCCAAGCCCCACACUUCAGACAUGGACAAGCUGGGGCAGAGCCGUGGGGCACAGCCUGGAUCCCAAGCAGGCCAUCCAGCAAUGGAGAGCAUCAUCAGAAACCUGUCUGAGCUCCAGGGCCAGAUGUCUUCCCUGCAGAGCCUGGCCAGAGACCUGCAGGGUGAGAAGGAGAAGAUAAGACAGCUGGAGGAUGCUGUUGGAAAACUGGGUGUGACUGUAGCCAAGUGCGAAGUGGAUGGCACCAAUCAGAUCCCCCUACAGCUGGAGUCUGCACUGCAGGAGAUUAAUCAGGAGCAGAAGGAGCUGAGAGAAGAGCAGAAGAUUACCAAGGCCACACUGAAGCAGCUGGUCACAGCUGACCAGCUUCAGGAGCGGCUGAAUGAGCUGAGGGCAAUGAUGGGGAGUGCGGGGCAGGAGCAGGGAGAGUCACAGACAGUGUGCCCUGACCGCAGCUCUGAGUCCAAGCUUGUGAGGAAGCUCCUACACCGCUGUGAGAAGCUCCAGGAGCAGGUGGACUCCCUAGUACCACAUCAGGUGCAGAGGUCACUGCCACAGAAGACCCAGCAGGAUGAGGAGCUGCUGAAGAGCAUCCAGGCCACAGUCAUGCGGGUGGAAGGGGACUGCGAGCAGCUCAGCUACAUCACAGGGAGCCUCCGGGAUGACCAUCACCAGCAUCAGAAACAUAUCGAGGCUCUGUUCCGGUCCCUGGAGGGUCUCGAGAAGAAAGCAGACAAGGAGGACCUGCUGCUGCUGAAAGUGGACAAAGCUGCCCUGGGCAACAAAGUCAGUUGUGCCCAUUUUGAUGCGAGCAUGGAGCGUCUGGAGGAGAGGUUGCGGGAGUUGCUGAGACGGGUGUCAGGCCAGGAGCAGCGCUGGAAGGAGGCCCAGCAGCAGUUCAGUGAUGCCCUGGACUCCAAGCUGGAUCGCCUGGAGCUGGGGCCUUUCCAGAAGCAGCUGGAGGAUACCUGGGCAAGGACCAUCAAGGAUCUCAGGGAUGAGCUGUCGGUAGAACUUGACAACGCUGCUGGAAUUAAGCAGCAGCUGCUGAUCCCUUACAACUGCCUGUCCUGCGACCGGCACCUCAACAUACAGGUGCCUGGCCCGCACAUUGACACGCUGCCACUCUUCCCACUGCUGCCUAGCAGCCACGCUACACGCCUCUCUACCGUCACCACAGAGGAGCAAGCACAGCAGCACAGUCACAGGAAGCUGGUCAGUAGCAAGUUCGUGAAGUCGCAGAGCUGCAGGCGUCAGGACAUGUCCAACACACCACCCAAGGAUGUCCUAUGGCUCUCCAAAAAGCUUGGCGUGACUGAGCUGCUGGGCACAGAUGACCGUGUGGAUCGGGGCAAGGAGCACCUCGGGUCUGAGGUGGCAAAGAGGGCACAGGAUGAGCUGGGCACCACCACCUUACUAGAGCACCAGCCAGCCUCAGACCUCAACCACUGACUCCGAGCACUGUGGCAUUUGCUGCAGAUCCAGUCCCUGCCCAUGGAAUCAGCAGUCAGGCAGCUGGCUGGGACUAGGUGCUCAGAGCCCGUCAUGAAGAAAAGAGCAAGGACAGCUGCCCCAAGUUAAUAAAAAAAUGGUAACCUGCUGUGUUUGGGAUAUUCUAA